AUGAGUGAUGAUGCAAGUCAUAUACAUGGCAUAGUAAAUGACGAAGAUCAAAUGCAAUAUUUUCUUUAUGAAAUUGAGUUGUUAUUACAUUCUGGGACACCCUCGACUUCAUUGUCUGAUUACGGAUUACCCAUGCCUAAACCAGAAGUGCUUGCAUCAUUGACUAAUCGACUGUUGUUGGAAGAGAGAAAUCACGAUAGACAAACACUUAGAAUUGAGCAUGACUCAUUCCGCUCCAGCCUACAUCCAGAGCAAAAUUCUAUUUAUGAACAUGUGAUAACAUCUUUAUCACUAAACAGACAAGUUCUGGCAUUUGUUUAUAGGCAUGGUGGGACUGGAAAGACUUUCCUAUGGAAAACAAUUAUUGCCAAACUACGUUCUGAUGGCAACAUUGUUUUGGCAGUUGCAGCCUCAGGUAUUGCUUCGUUGUUACUUCCCUCUGGCAGAACAGCUCAUUCACGAUUUAAAAUACCGAUAGAUCUGACCGAUGAAUCACUAUGCUAUAUAAAGAAAAAGACACAACUUGCUCAGCUGCUAACAGAAACCUCACUUAUAGUUUGGGAUGAGGCUCCAAUGAAUGAUCGACGAUGCUUUGAAUCAUUAGACAAAAGCCUAAAAGAUUUAUUAGGUGAUUGUAGCAGGCCAUUCGGUGGCAAAUCAGUUCUCUUAAGCGGCGAUUUCCGUCAGACUUUACCCGUUAAACCAAAAGCAUCUAAAACGGGAAUCUUAAACUCGGCAUUACCUAGGUCGUAUCUAUGGCCUUACUUCAACGUUUACAAGCUGACCGAGAACAUGCGACUACAACGGCCAAACAUGGAUUUAGCAAACAGAACUCAGGUUGCUUCCUUCUCAGCAUGGCAAGGUGGGCGACGGGGUAUUAGGCACACCAGACGAUGA